AUGAUAUUAAGGGAGUGCACUGGCUUCAUUAAAGAGGAGUACAAGAAGUACCAGGUAAGAACAAGCAUACACCACUGGCAGCUGCGAGAUAUGAUAUCUUCGACAAACGAGCCAUCUAAAGUGCUCUAUGUAUACGGCAACUCGAUCAAUAUGCUGAACACAAAGACAGAAAGAGCCCACAGCGUGUCCAGAAAUCUUCUCUUCAACCCAACUGCCAUCUGCUACAAUGACGGGAUCGUGGCAGCAGGCGGCCAGAGAAGCCAGCUUUUCAUAAAAAACAUCCAAACAGGGAUUGACAGAAAAGUGUCCACCGGCGGAUCGAUAAAUAACGGCCUGGAGAUAUUCUCGCAUUUUGGGGACAAAAGAAUUCUCGUCUGCAAUAACGAUGAGACGAUAAAAGAGUACUCCAUUGGGUCAAUGCGGAGAUGCUCUGUGCUGACGCACCAGUCUCCUGUGAACAGCUGCUCUGUGAGCUACGACGGAAGCAUGCUGGCCACCGUUGGAGACUCGAAUGAAAUUUCGCUGUACUCGAUCGGAAAAGAGAAGUAUUCUUUAAUAAAGAAGUUGAAAGCCGUUAAUGAUGCAUCUUUCAAGGUUUCAUGGAGCCCUUCGAGCAUCCACCUGGCUGCAAGCACGCAAGAUGGAUACAUUUGUGUUUACGACAUACGGAAUAUGAACGGAAAAAUAAAAACAAUUCCGUCAAUCCAGGGGUCGCUGGUCAAGGGGGCGUGCAGAAAUGUUAAGUUCUGUCCUGACAGCUCAAUGGGGCUGCUGGUGUUUACAGAGCACGUAUCGCAUUUCACUGUUGUCGAUGUCCGAGAUUUCAGCAAAAAACAAAGCAUAGCUGUGAGCGGCGCGGGAGGAGACAAACACAUUUCUGGGCUGGCAUUUGGAGAAGACGGAAGACAGAUGUACAUAGGCACGGAGAUGAACAUAUUUGAGUUUGAGAUAGACGACAUAAAGAGAAGGCUUUUCCAAAGUGGAGAGGUAAAUUAA